AACUCUCUCCCACUCCCAAAGAAGUCCCCCCUCCCCUUUCCCUAUGGAGUCCUCCCUUAACGUGUAGAAGUGGGAAGGAGGCGGUGUUUUGCUGAUCUGUUAAAUUCUUAGUAAAGUUUCUGAGAUUCCCAGUGGCUGCUGUUGUUUGACUUUGGUUUGGAGCAGAGCUGAGGUUAUCCUGACAUUUCUGGGACUGGAUCCAGCCAAAGGGAAGAAGAAGGGAAAAGGGAAAACGAGAAGAAAGAGAAGAGGAAAGAAAGGUAGGGAGGAAUACACGGAGACAUGAAGAACUGAAUAAGGAGGGGGAAAAAGCCCACCCUUUCCCCCCUAUCACAUUGCUGUGUUUUCCUUCAGUCUGGAAAACGUAUUGAUCCUGGUACUUUGGCUCUCGGGAAACAAAGGGACUUGGCUGGAUUGAGGUGGGGAAAGCAUGAUAAGAAGAACCAGGAAACUUUAAAGAGAGACGGAAAGAAAUUCCCCAAACGUCUGGGACUCGAUCUCUUGCGGGAUGUGAUGUGUGCUGAAGUUUGUGUGUGACUGCUACAAAAACCAAGCCAGGACUUCAGGUAAAUGGAGGUACAAGGAUUGACAAGGACGGUUCCCUUCACCUCAUUCCACUUGUCAAGAAGGUAAAAAAAAGGGAGAGAGAGAAAAGGAAAAAGCAACUCAACUGGAACUAAGACAGUCUCGGGAGUCUGGGACAUUGUAAGUUCAAAACCAGAGCUGCUGUAAAGCCCUUGGUGCUGCUCAUCCACUGAAAGGGAAAAGAGCUGGGAGGAGACCGAUUUCUUCUAGGGAACUGUCCUACGAAUAAGCUUCAGGACUCCCCCCUCCCUGCCGAAUAAGCUUCAGGACUCCCCCCUCCCUGCCAAAUCCUCUGAAUUCCAUCUCUAUGAGAUAGAAUUGGAUGACAUGAUGAACUGGAUGAUGGAACGGGGCUUCACCAUGCUGCUGACAAUGUGGCUAGUGUGCCAAUCAGAACCCCACCCUCAAACAGUGGGCAGAGGGAGCCAUGGAGCUGGGAAAGUGCUGCCAGCUUCCCAUGUUAAUGGUAGACCACUUCGAUUCCUGAGGCACACAGGGAGGGCCCAGGGAAGUGUAAGGUCUAUACCAGAUAAUCCCAACCAUCCCAUCCUGGACAGGAGGAGAGCUGUGCCAGUAUUGAGACUAGCCCACCCAUCUCCCCUGCCAGCACAAACCAGAGUAGGUGGCACCCGAUUAAGGCAGGAACAAAGACCAACAGCCAAGAGCUCCCCAAGUGAGAUGGUAAAAGAUGAGGGAUCCUCCGCUCGGGCAAAAAUGGUGCGAUUCCCAUCAGGGUCCAGCUCUCCCAACAUCUUGGCCAGCUUUGCAGGGAAAAACAGGGUUUGGGUCAUCUCUGCCCCUCAUGCCUCUGAGGGCUACUACCGCCUCAUGAUGAGUCUCCUAAAGGAUGAUGUGUACUGUGAACUAGCAGAAAGACACAUCCAACAGAUUGUGCUAUUCCAUGAGGCAGGGGAGGAAGGUGGCAAGGUGAGGAGAAUCACCAAUGAAGGCCAAAUCUUGGAGCAGUCCCUGGACCCCACUCUCAUCCCCAAAUUGAUGAGUUUCUUGAAACUGGAGAAGGGGAAGUUUGGCAUGGUACUGCUGAAGAAAACCCUGCAGGUAGAGGAACGUUACCCAUACCCGGUUAGGCUAGAAGCAAUGUAUGAGAUCAUUGAUCAGGGCCCCAUCCGGAGGAUAGAGAAGAUCCGGCAGAAGGGCUUUGUCCAGAAGUGUAAGGCAGCUGGUGUGGAGGGGCAGGUGGUUGAGGAAGGGAAUAAUGGUGGUGGUGGUGGAGGGAGCAGAACAAAAGUGGUCAGUGAAAAGAAGAAAGAAGACACAAGGAGAGGACAAAUCCAACCCACAAGGGAAAGCCGAAUGAAAACAAUAAAGAAAUUGGUCACCACUACAGUAGCUCCUCCUCUAACGGCAAGGGUCACCAUGCUUCCUCCAUCUCCUCCAAGGACAGCAGCCUGGACCACUCCUCGUGCGGUGACAGUGGCCACCCGGCCUACCACCACGACUACCACCUUUCCAACCACUCAGAGAACAUGGACUAGCAGAGCUCACACCACUUUGUCUUCCCCCAAACAGCCUUUGGCAGCUGCAGUGACAACUCCCAGGGGCACCUGGGAAUCAGAAGAUUUCUACCCCACCUCAAGGAAGGAGCUGCACAAGGAGAGGCAACAGACUACCAGGAGACCAAGCAAGACCACCGGCUAUGAAAGCCACACAGCAGCAGUCACCACAGCCCCAGACCAUUACACAAAGGCAGGCAUAAACCGUUUCCGUGACAACCGUACAGAUAGGAAGGAGUAUGGCCCCCGAGAUCCAAAUGUGGUGCCAGGCCAGCACAAACCAGUGAAAGCAAAGCCUCCUAAAAAAAAAGCACAGGAAAAGAUUCUAAGCAAUGAGUAUGAGGACAAGUAUGACCCCAGCCGGCCUACUGCCUCUCAGCUCGAAGAGGAGCUGGAGGUGGGGAACAUUCCCCCUAAGAAAGGGAAGGAGGCAAAAAAGCAUGAGCGGCCCGAUAAGCCUGAGAAGAAGAAGAAGGUGAAGAAUGAGAAACCAGACAAGCUGCUGAAGAGUGAAAAGCAGACCAAGAAGGACAAGGCAGAAAAAAAGAACAAGCAGGAGAAAGAACGAAAUAAAAAGAAGAAGGGGAGCAAAACAGAGCAGGAUGGUUAUCUGAAACCCACGACAAAGCUUUUCACGCAGAGUUCCAAGAAAUCAGUGACCGACCUGCUGGAAUUGUUUGAAGGGAAAAGGCGGCUCAUUCUCAUCACUGCUCCUAAGGCUGAGAACAACAUGUAUGUGCAGCAACGAGAUGAAUACCUGGAGAGUUUCUGCAAAAUGGCAACCAGAAAGAUCUCUGUGAUCACUAUCUUUGGCCCUGUCAACAACAGCACCAUGAAAAUUGAUCACUUCCAGCUAGAUAACGAGAAACCCAUGAAGGUGCUAGAUGAUGAAGACUUAGUAGAUCAACACCUCAUCAGUGAACUGAGAAAGGAGUAUGGAAUGACCUACAAUGAUUUCUUCAUGGUGCUGACUGAUGUUGACAUGAGAGUCAAGCAAUACUACGAGGUUCCCAUAGGAAUGAAGUCUGUUUUUGAUUUGAUUGACACUUUCCAGUCUCGAAUCAAAGAUAUGGAAAGACAGAAGAAGGAGGGCAUUGUCUGCAAGGAGGACAAGAAGCAGUCUCUGGAGAACUUCCUGUCUAGAUUCCGAUGGAGGAGGCGUUUACUGGUGAUUUCUGCUCCCAAUGAUGAAGACUGGGCAUACUCACAACAGCUUUCUGCUCUCAGUGGACAGGCUUGCAAUUUUGGUCUGCGCCACAUAACCAUUUUGAAGUUGCUAGGCCUUGGUGAAGACAUCGGGGGAGUUUUGGAAUUGUUCCCAAUCAACGGAAGUUCUGUGGUUGAACGAGAAGAUUUGCCUGCCCAUUUGGUGAAAGAUAUACGGAACUAUUUUCAAGUUAGUCCCGAGUACUUCUCCAUGCUCCUGGUUGGGAAAGAUGGAAAUGUCAAGUCCUGGUAUCCUUCUCCAAUGUGGUCCAUGGUGAUUGUAUAUGACUUAAUUGAUUCCAUGCAACUCAGGAGACAAGAGAUGGCCAUUCAGCAGUCACUGGGCAUGAGGUGCCCUGAAGAUGAGUAUGCUGGUUAUGGUUACCAUAGCUAUCACCAAGGUUACCAGGACGGCUACCAGGAUGAUUAUCGUCAUCAUGAGGGUUACCACCAUGGAUACCCUUACUGAGCAGAACUAUGUAACCUUUGCCUCCCUUCCAUUUCCCAACCAAUAAUCCCUGCAGCUGUUAAAGCCACAUAUGGUCAGCAAUGUAAAGAAAUUCCUUCAAACAGCUUAAACUACCCUGCUUUUUUCUUACAGUGUUCAUCCAAGACUAAAUAAAUAGCAGACUUUUGCCUUCGCCAAAGUGCAUGAGUCUUUAAAAGUGAAAUAGUUACGAAAUAGUAACCCCAGAGUUUUAAAGUAACAAAGACUUCCUUUCCUGUUUUCUUUAGCUGGAGGGCAUCUGUUGCUCAGUCAUUGUACUAAAAACCAAGAUGAUUUCCUUUUAUUUCCUUCAUUGAUGGACAUUGUGUGGUAGAGAGAAGACUGUAAAAUAAGCAUUCUGAUGCUUUUUUUUUAUUUUUCAAAAGUAUUUAUUGGAAAGUGAGAAUUGUGUAUAAUGUUGAAGAAGAUGAGUAAAAGGUAACAGCCCAGAUUCUUUUAAGAAAGGUGAAUGAAUGAGAUUGCAGUUUGAUUCUUAGCACCUUUUUUGCAUAUCUGCCCAAAAGAAACUUUGCUUAAAUUGACAAAGCUUCAUAUUUUGAGUUUCAUUCAUAAAACAUGACAAUUAAAGAGGGAUUACAAUAUUUUGAGGAGAAAAUCUUUCACCAAAAGGAACAGUGAUACCAUGUGACCUUGGCCACAAAAUUCCUCUGACAGCCACAGUGACUUCUUUGUGAAGUUGGCUUUGCCUCCUUGCAGGUUCCAUUCCCUAUUUAGGACCCAUGACCACUGCCUGGGUCUCCCUGAUUCCUACUGUCCAUUCAGAGUUGUAUCCAAGGGCUUUGGGGAGCACAAAACUUGGACAUGGAAGUAGAAAGGAGAUAGAGUUCCAAGACUUGCCUCUGAAGUUAACAAAGGGCAUAUACUGACAGCUAUCUAGUCAAGGUGGAAUAGCUUUAAGCAUGGGAAGGCUAGACCUCUCCCAUCACAGGCAACAUCCAUGUUUAUUUGCUUCAUUGGACCCACUAUUAACACAGUGUGCUAUAUUAGAAGAAUACAGACACAUAGUCUCCAUGGCUGCCUUUGUUUCUAUUGUCUGGCAGAUGUGACCUAUUUAUAUCAUAGUGGAAUAAAAAUGUGGGAGGGAAGUGAAAUUGUUUCUUAGAAAGUGGUUUUUCCCCCCACUUUACAAUGGAAUGAAAUAUACAUUCAUCAUUCAUUCAACAGAUGUCUAUUGAAUGUCCACUGUGUGCCUCAUUAGGCUGUCUGAACAGUCUUACUACUGACUGCCCUGGUCUGCUCCUAUAACAGGGAUGUGUACUGGUCCUUAUUAUUGCUAAUAACUAAUACCAUAAAUGUGAUGCUAUUAUUAGCUAAUAAUAACAAAAAGGUUAACACUAAAAAAUACAAAUGUUUGUGCAUUUGUUGUUAGCUCUCUCAUGACUGCUGUAUGGGCUUCAAGUAUUUCCAUCAGAUCUCCAUUCUGCUACAAAUAAAAGUUCAAAUGGGAACCCUGGAUCUAUGAAAAGGAAGAAAGCUUGAAAAUUACCCAUUUCAGGCCUCUUCCUUCAGGAGAAAGAAUGCUAAUAUACCCUCUUUCAAAAGAAGAUUUCAUUCCACUCGACAAACAUGCUUUGAGUACCUAUUUUAUACAAAUGCUUUAUUCUGGAUAUGGAAAGGGUACAGGAUAGGAUAAAGGGAUUACAGGAUAAAGGGUAUAGAAAAAGCUAUAGAAAGAUAAGGAUAUAGAAAACAAUGAAACAGUCUCUACCUCAAGAAAUUCACAUUUUAGGGGGAGGGAUGAAUAUAACAUUGACUUGGAUACAUACAACUCAAAGUCUAGAACAAUGCAGGUGAGUGAUAGACCAAAUAAAGUAUUCCUUAAAAAAAUUAAGGGGGGCAGCUAGGUGGCACAGUGGAUAAAGCACUGGCCCUAGAUU